GUUUCCUCUGCACAACUCACACAAACAAGCCCUUGAGCCCUCUACUAUAACCAGUCGUUCACAAGGAUACUAUCAAGGCAAAAUGGCUAAUGCUGCUAAAUUUUCAUUACUGGGGCAGAUUCUUCUCAUAACUCUUUGUUCUCUUAGCCUGUUUUCCAAUGCCUUUACUUCUCAGCAAUAUAGUGAUGCACUUGAAAAAUCCAUCCUUUUUUUUGAGGGUCAGCGCUCAGGUGCAUUGCCGCCGAACCAGAGGAUGAAAUGGAGGGGCAACUCCGGUUUGUCCGACGGCUCUAGUUAUCAUGUGAACUUAGUGGGUGGAUAUUAUGAUGCUGGAGACAAUGUCAAAUUUGGUCUCCCUAUGGCCUUUACUACUACAUUGUUGGCGUGGAGUGUCAUUGAAUUUGGCGAGUCAAUGCAGAACCAGAUUGAAAAUGCCAAAGCUGCCAUUCGUUGGAGCACUGAUUACCUUUUAAAAGCAGCAACUGCCACUCCGGGUACCCUAUAUGUUCAAGUCGGAGAUCCUAACUUAGAUCAUAAAUGCUGGGAGAGGCCUGAAGACAUGGACACACCACGCAAUGUCUACAAAGUGAGUUCUCAAAACCCAGGAUCCGAUGUAGCUGCUGAGACAGCUGCUGCUUUGGCUGCUGCUUCAAUUGUUUUCAAAGAUUCUGAUCCUUCCUAUUCUUCCAAAUUGCUUCAUACAGCAAUGCAAGUUUUCGAUUUUGCUGACAAGUACAGAGGUUCUUACAGUGACUCUCUCAGUUCGGCAGUCUGCCCAUUUUAUUGCUCUUAUUCAGGAUACCAGGACGAGCUUCUCUGGGGAGCAUCAUGGAUUCAUAGAGCCUCACAGAACGGCUCAUACCUGGCUUACAUCCAGUCAAAUGGUCACACAAUGGGUGCCGAUGAUGAUGACUACUCCUUUAGCUGGGAUGACAAGCGAGCUGGGACAAAGAUUCUUCUUUCCAAGGCAUUCCUAGAGAAACAUGUAGAAGAAUUUCAGUUGUUUAAAGCACAUUCAGACAACUACAUGUGUUCUCUAAUUCCAGGAACUUCUCGUUUCCAGGCCCAAUACACACCAGGAGGGCUUCUCUACAAAGCAAGUGAAAGCAAUCUACAAUACGUAACUUCAACAUCUUUCCUCCUCUUGACAUACGCUAAAUAUCUUAGCUCAAAUGGAGGAAUGGUCACAUGUGGAGGUUCAACUGUGACAGCAGAAUCACUCAUAUCACAAGCCAAGAAGCAAGUGGACUAUAUUUUAGGAGAUAAUCCAGCAAAAAUGUCAUACAUGGUGGGUUUCGGAAACAGGUAUCCACAACAUGUGCACCACAGGGGCUCCUCUGUUCCAUCUAUACGCACACACCCAAAUCGCAUUUCCUGCAACGAUGGGUUCCAGUACCUGUAUUCUAGUUCACCCAAUCCAAAUGUCCUGGUUGGAGCCAUACUAGGUGGUCCUGACAAUAAAGACAAUUUUGCAGAUGACAGAAAUAACUACCAGCAAUCUGAGCCUGCUACGUAUAUCAAUGCACCAUUUGUUGGUGCGGUUGCUUUCUUCUCGGCUAAAGAUUAACCCUAUGUUCGGACAUGCAUGGUGCGGUUGCUUUCAGGAAGUUUGAUUUACUUUUAUGUUGUUGAUGAUUAGUUUAGUAGAGAAAUCAAACUUCUCCCUUAAAAGAAAGAUGGGCAUUUAGGUGUAUCUUCCUAAAAGUUUGGAGGAAAAUAUGAAAUUAAAAAAUAUAAUUUUCCUUUUCUUUUUU